ACUAUAAAUAGGAGGGAUGAAGGCAGCAGAGAUCAGAUUGUCUCUACACAGACCUCUACAGCACAGAGAUCCACACAUGGCUCCUACAAUCACUGCAGCAAGGACCAACUCUCAGGAGCAUCUGACUCGGAGCCACAAGCUCAGAAAGCCUCUGGUGGAGAAGUUACGCAGAGAGCGAAUCAACAGCAGCAUCGAGCUGCUCAAGUCUCUCCUGGGUCCAGAGUUCCUCAACCAGCAGCCAGACUCCAAGCUGGAGAAAGCAGACAUCCUGGAGAUGACAGUUUACUUCCUCAGACGACUGCAGCAGCAGCAGCAGCAGCAGCAGCAGCAGCAGCAGCAGCAGCAGAAUCCAGCUGUGGGCUCAGCAGCCGUCAAACGGGGCUACACCAGAUGUGUCCAAGAGGUGGCACACUUCCUGUCCAGUGAGGAGGUGAAUGCACAGCAGCAGAGAAGACUGAUGAAGCACGUCAACAAGCUGCAGUCUUCCUCUGAGGAGAAGCUGAGAGAGGCUGACUUCUCUCCUCUGAGCUCCACAGUCCACACCGGCAUCACCAAAGACAAGAGUCCAGUCAGCAGCGCCCCCUGGAGGCCGUGGUAGACACCCAAGGACUUUUGUCAAAGUGAAGCUCAAGAGCAAAACUCUCCAACAACUUGUUCUUGUGGUCAUCUCGUUUUUGAAGAGUCAUUGCAUGCUACUGCAAUUUCUUCUGCUGUUUUUUACUUUUGUAAAAGUUAAAUUGUGUGUUUCUGUGAUAUUUGCAGACAACAGGUCGACUAUUAUUUUACCAGUAGUCACUUAUUUCUUAUUCAGAUGUUACUCUGUGAAGUGCAAGUUAUUAUUCUCAUUGGGAAUGCUUGUGUAUUGUCGAUAACAUCAUCUAUAUAGGUGACAAAGUUAUUAAUGUUAAACAUGUUUAAUAUUUUUGUGUGAUAUUCACAUGCCCCAUUGGUUGAUACAUCCUGUGUGAUGUAUCUUUGAAUUUCUCUAUUUUCUGCGUUUUAGCAGAUGAAGUUUUUGUAUCUGAACAGAAAUCAAACAAUGUGCUGCUUUAUGACUCUGUGAGUGACAGCACCCAUACCUUCAAUGAAGGACAUGUGUCAAAAUGAAUGUAUCUCUUCAUGCCAAGUGAUGCGCAAUAAAGCAAUCAAGAAGAAAACAAUUUUAAA